AGUCCUGUCAAGACAGCACCAGUCAUUGCCUGAUGUAAGGCAACCACCAGUACUGUCUAGGAAUACAGAAACAUACAAGAUUACCAAGAUUACACGGUCAAAGUCUAUGCCAGCAAUUUACAUCUCCAGGGCUACAAAAGUGUGGAAACUUUCAACUAAUUUUCAGACUACCAUGAAAGAACUAGAACUUCUAAGAAAACAGAUAACACACCCCAAAACAGAGAUGGAGCCUAAAGAAAUCUUCCUUAUUGACCCUCUUGAAAGGCCAUCAAAGGAAAACUUACCAGAGACAGUUGUACAGUUAAAGGAAGAAACUCAUUUGAAAGUUGCUGUUCAUCAGAAUGAACAAAGACACUGGCCUGUAAAAAUAUCACCUGCUGAAGAAGCUCGAAAGGCUGGAAAGAAAUAUGUCACUUUUCCAAAGACAAAGAAAAAGAAAAAGUCAAAGAAGUCAUUGGAUGCCAAAAAGAUAGACGCAUUACGUGAGAAACUAAAUCAGCAAGCAAGAGUCCUCAAAAGGUGUGAAUCUUUGCCAAGGCUGUCCAUAAAUAUUGAACCUUACCUCAAAGUACAGUCAAAAAUGCUUCAAAAGAGCCCAAGUAUGCCUGAUGUCUUGGACUUUAAAAAGUUUUCUAAAGAUCACGGUGGAAUUCCAGAAAACACUGUCAUUCGUGAGUGGGUUAGAGAUAUCUGGAACAUGUGGUUUGAUGAAGUCUUUCCACCAAGUAGGGCUUCUAAUGAUGAUGGAAUUGAGAAAAUUGAAUUAUUUACAAGUGAACACCAGCAACCACAGGCGGAAGAAAAACUUAAUGUGGAAAUACAGCUUACUGACACCUUCAGUCCUGUUCUUAUCGAUGAAUCCAAAGUUUGUGUAGAAGAGAUAUUAAAUGAAGUGAAACAUCUGACUACCUUAAUUGAAGAACGACCCAACUGUGCUGCCUUCCAUUACUGCAGACGUGGUGCUCUAAACCGAAUAUUGGGAAAUGCAAAGAUGGCCAUGGAAGAUCUCAAUAAAGCAAUUCGUAUGGAACCUAUGCUGCUUGAUUCUUAUUGGCAUAGACACUUACUUUAUCUUCUGCAGUCUAAAGAUACUUACGCUUUGGAUGACCUAAAUUUCAUAAUUAAACAUAAUAAGCAUCAUGCUGAUGCUUAUCAGUCAAAAGCAGAAAUUUAUAGACGGAAAGGAGACAUUACUAUGGCAAUCAUAAGUUACACUCAAGCAAUUAAGUGCAAUCCUACAGAUGAAUCAUAUUUCAAGCGAGGUGAAAUGUAUGAGAAGAGAAAUGAAGUGCUGCUGGCAAUGGAAGACUAUGCUAUGGUUUUUGCAAUAAAUCCAAAGAGAACAGAUGCUUUAAUGAGGCAUGGCUUGCACCAUUUUGAAAAUUCAAACUGGACUGGAGCAGUACAAGACUUUUCUUCCUUAAUAAAACAUGAUCAUAAUAAUGCUGUAGCUAGGACAUACCGUGGGAGAGCCUAUGCUAAUCUUAUGCAGUACAGAGAAGCAACUGAAGAUUUCUCAGCUGCUGUACAUUUAGAUCCAAAUAACUGGAUAGCUUUUUAUUAUCGAGGAUGCCUGUUGAGAAAGACAAAUUCUGCCAGAGCCCUGCAGGAUCUCAGUGUCUCAGUUCUCCUUAAUGAUACCUAUGAAAAUCUAAAUGCUUUCCUACAACGUGGGAUCUUGUACACUGACGUGCAGCAGUGGCCAGAAGCUGUAUGUGAUUUUGACAAUGUGCUUAUGCUUGACAGAACUGUUGCAGUAGCUCAUGUAAAUCUUGGCCUCAUCUUCAUGUUAAAAAUGGAUCAUUAUUAUGAAGCACUAAGACGGUUUACUGAUGCCAUCAAAGUCAGCCCAACAUAUUCAAGAGCUUAUAUAUGCAGAGCACAAGCCUAUCAUAAGUUACAUGAUUUACAGAAAGCGUUAAGAGAUCUGACCAGGGCUAUCCACCUGCAGCCAGAUAACCAUCAGCUCUAUAUUAUGAGAGGGCAGUACCUUUUUGAAAUGAAAAAAUUCGAAUUAGCAAGUUUUUGUAUACACCAUGCUGCAGAAAUCAAUCAAGCUCUAAAUGCUUCCCCUGUUCAGCAAGCCCUUGUGCAUUCUUUCUGUCAGAACUACAGUAAAGCUACUGAGAGCUUGGUUUCAGCCACAGGUGCCAGACCUAAUGCAUCAUUGUUUGCUUUGCUUGGAAAGACUCAGAUGAAGGCCAAGAAGAGCAAGGAAGCUAUACAAAGCUUUGAGCAAGCUCUGCAUCUGCUUACAGAGGAUAAUGCAAAGCCAAGUGGAUCAGAGGUGGCAGAAAUAUUUUACUUAAUUGGACUUUGCUAUGUUGAACAAGUGCAUUUGUUGAAGGCUUUAGAUGCUUUCACUAAUGCUGUGAAGAUUUUCCCAGACCAUGCGGAUGCUUACUACCAGAGAGGGCUUUGUAAAAUGCGUCUUAAACAAGUCAAGUGUAUUCAAGAUUUCAACAGAGCACUUACAUGCAAUCCUAACCUUUUUCAGGCAUACUUAAGUCGUGCUGCCUUUUAUGGUAUCAAAGGACUAUACACAAAAGCUAUUCUAAACUGCAGUGAAGCUUUAAGAAUUCAGCCCAAAAGUGUUAGAGCCUAUCUUUACAGAGGUGCUUUAAAGUAUUACAUCAAAGCAUACAUUUAUGCAAUUGAAGAUUUAACUGCUGCUAUCAAUUUGGAAAAAGCGUGCACAUUGGCUUAUUAUAACAGAGCAGUAUGUUACCAUCAAACAAAGGACUUUAACAAGGCUUUAAAAGACUAUGGAAUUGUUCUUCUCCUUGGAGGAAGGAAAGAAAUUGAUCUGAAAGUAUGCAUAAAUCGGGGGCUUCUUUAUCUGGAACUGAAUCAGUACUUCAGUGCUCUUCAGGACUUUGCUUCUGCAGUCAUGAAAAGUCCUGAAGAGUCUGUGAUUUGCCAUGCAGUUGGAAUAUGCCAUCACAGGCUUGAGGAGUUUGAAAAAGCAGUGGAUGCUUUCAGUCAGGCACUUAAGCUGAAUCCUUUCUGUGUUGACUCCUGUGUUGGACGUGGGAAUUCAUAUAUGGAGUAUGGUCAUGAAUCUGGCACAAAACAAGCACAGAAAGACUUUCUGAGAGCUCUGCAUUUGGAUCCCAGAUGUCUGAAGGCCAGAAUCAAUAUGGGGUACAACUUACAGGUUCUGGGGGAGUUUCAGAAGGCAUGGAACCAGUUUACGGUUGCACUGGAUAUUGACGCAAAGUGCCAAGCUGCUUAUGAAGGGCGAGCUAUAGUCAACCUUCAAAUGAGUCAUACUCUUGCUGCCUUCCAUGAUAUCAGUGCUGCACUGAAGCUGGGUGUUUCUGCAAAACUGCUUACAAACCGUGGUGUGAUUCAUCAGUUCAUGGGAGACUUGCAUAAUGCUAUGAAGGACUAUCAAGCUGCUAUCAGAAUUGAUCCCAGUUAUUCAUUGGCAUACUUCAAUGCUGCCAACAUUUACUUUUACAGUAAACAAUUUCAUCAGGCCAGAGACCACUAUACAAGUGCAAUCAGUCUUGAUCCAAGAAAUGAAUCUGCUGUUCUUAAUCGUGCCAUAACACACAGCUUGCUUCAGGAUAGUCACAAAGCUCUGGAAGACUUCAUACAAGCUGUAAAACUUAGCCCGUACUCAAGCCAUAUAUACUUCAACAGGGCAAAUCUUUACAAGGCACUGAAGCAAUAUGAACUUGCAGAAAAGGAUUAUUCACAAGCACUAGCUCUUCAACCUAAUGAUGCCUUGGUAUAUAAAUUCCGAGCUGAUGUCCGUGGUAAAUUAGGGCUGAAAGAAGACGCCAUCUCUGAUUACAAGUGUGCUAUAUAUAUUCAAGAGACUGUUAAAUCAAAGUAAUGUUAUGCUCUACACACAGAGUUGCAUUUACCAUGCUGUGAUCAUAAUCUUGACAUUUAAUGCAGUGGUGCACUGAAAUUAAGCAAAAAAAAAGUUUUCUUUCUCUCUUUAUCAUAUAUUAUUAACACUUCCCAUUCUCACUUAUUAGUAAAAUGUAAAGCCAUAAAAGGAUUAUACUUCAUUCUAUAAUAAAUAUAUCUGGAUGGCCUGUUAUGUUUAGUAUAACUGUGCUGUAUUGAUGAUAUGUCAUAACCCAGAAACAAAUAAGAAAUGGAGGGCACAAUAAAAUAUAACUUUCAGCAUGUAGCUCUGCCACCUUACUUUCAGAAAGAGAUUGUGAGCAGAAUUUAUACAGAAACAUACAUGUUUUUGUGAGGAAGUGAAUCUGGAGUGUAGAUUUUCUUUUAGUCAGCAUGUUUCUUGCCUCUGCCUUUUAUUUUAAUAACCUUUUCCUUUCAACUCCCCUCAUUCACCAGAUAGUGUUUUUUUUCAGUCUGCUGCCAGACUUAUGCUGAUGUUGCAUUGCAAGUAUAACAUAACCAGUGAAGCUGUCCUUUGACAGCCAUCAGAAUGUUAGUCAAGCUAAUACAGUUUGCCUAAGCUAGUGCAAGAUAGUGAUGAAAUAAACAUCUAACAAGGGUGACCUUUCAGAAAGAAUUCUGUAUAACUGCAAGUAAACAACUGGAAGUAAACUAUUAAAAAGGAAAAUUGUAUAUCUUAUUAAAAGAUUAACAUUGUAUAUAAUUUUCACUUCCAUUUGUUAGAUUCACAGUAGUAGUAACAAAUCUAUUUUCAUUUAGCUGAUCCAGGGCAAACGCAUUAUACACUUAAUCAUGGACCUUUGUAAGAUCAGAGCUUGUGUGACUUGGGUGUCAGAAGGUAGUCUUAAAUUUUAUUGAAUUCUUAACUUAAUAUUUUUUUUUAUUUUGUAGCAAAAAGAUAAUUUUUCACGUGUACUGUAGUAAGUGAUGUCACUAUAAAUGUGCCAUAUUA